AUGGCACUCAUGGACAAGUGGCGACCAGAGUGGGACACAGAGCUUCGCCUGCUCCCACAAGUCGAAUCCAUUGCCGAUCAAGACCUGCAAAUAACCGAAGAUAUAUUUUUCCUAUGGCAGUUCUUAAAGAUGUACCACACCUCUAUGCCGCACGUUCGGAACCUCAUUGAUUUCAUAACAAUUAAAAAGCCAGAGCCGCUCACAUGGGGCGAACACAUUGACGACUACAUGUGUAGGGGAAUAGACAGGGGGCAGAAAUUAUUUAAUUUGUUAGUUUCAGAUGGCAAAAGAAUACAGCCCAGAUAUUCCAAGAAGAAAUUAUGCGAUACGUUGCUGUACUUUCGCCUUAAGAAUUACAUCAUCUUGGAGAAAAUAAAUACUGGCUCCGUUGGGCAGGUUCACUUAGCUUUGGACAAAAGCACAGAUACCCUCGUCGCGGCGAAGGCCAUAGACAAAUCCACUGUCCAAGGCGAUGAAGAACUCUUUCAAAAGCUCAAGGAGGAGAUCAGCAUUUCCUGCAGAAUGAACCACCCCUGUGUUGUAAAAACAACCAAUGUCCUUGAGACGAGGGAUAAAAUUAUUCAAAUUAUGGAGUACUGCGAUGGAGGGGACCUCAUAUCCUACGUCAGAAAUAAGGUCCACCUGGAGGAACUCAGCGCGCAGUACUUCUUUCGAAAAAUCGUCCAAGGGCUCCAGUACAUGCACCGAAACAACGUGUCUCACAGGGACUUGAAACCAGAAAAUAUCUUCUUAUGCAAAAGACAACUAAGUCAAAGAGAAAAGACGUUAAUACGAAUAGGAAAGUUACCAUCAUGCUCCGAAUACGAAUUGAAGAUAGGGGACUUCGGAGCCUCAUGUGUUAAUGAAAAAAACAAAUUACAUCACGAUAUAGUGGGAACCCUAAGUUAUGCUGCUCCGGAGGUCUUAGGAUGUAAGACUACCUGUGGUUAUAGCAGUCAAAAGGCAGAUGUCUGGAGUCUCGGGAUUAUCCUCUAUGCCAUGUUAUUCGGUUUACUCCCCUUUGACAAUGAAGGAAAGGAUCUUAAAGAAGCUUACAACUCGAUUAUAAAAAAUAAAAUCGUCUUUCCCAAACAUAGGGUAAAUAGAAUUUCUAUGAAUGCCAGAAAUUUGCUCUCUGGAAUGCUCACCAUCAAUCCAGCUAAUCGCCUGUCCCUUGAUGAGGUGGAGAAACAUGAAUGGCUAGCUGAUACGGGGAAAACCAAGUUGGAAGUAUCUCACGUACAUAAGAAAAUGAAUUUCCCCAUUUCAUCCACCGUCGCUUAUCCAGUAGGCAGCGGUAAGAACGACAUGGAUUUUGAAACGUUUAAAAAAUUGUUUCUAUUAAAGAGGGAAAAUGGUUCUGCGAUUACAAACCUUCGCGUCCCGGCGGUGGUGGCAAGUGCGGUGCCGCGAGACGCUCAACAUAUGGUACCAAACGGUGCGCAAAACGGGGUGGUAAUAAACAUAGUGCCGAGCAGUGUGCAAAACGUCGCGUCUGGUAUGGUGCCUCAUGCGAUCCCAUGCGCCUCUCCUUUUGGAGCGCCCUACGCUAAGCCCUACGCAAGUGCAAGGCCCAAGGAGAACGACCAGGCGGGAGCUUGUCCACGUAGUGGUCACGAGAAGGGCCAAGUGUGUCAUGUGCGAGGAAGCAACUCGCUCUUGCAGAGGUGCGAUCCCCACCACGUGAAGCAAAAUAAGAAUCAAAACGCAAGCACAAAUCAUGGGCAGUUGUACUUGUACGACGACAAGGGGGUUUUGAACAAUCACGUGAAUCAUCCAAAUGUGGCACAGCAAAAGAUAGAGAACCCCGUUUACGCAGACGCCCUGCUUGCACAGAAAAAGAAAAACCAAGGGGACACAUUACAUAGGUAUGCAUUAAACCAAAAGAAUGAAGAGAAGGGAAAAACCCUCACGGAAACAAACACAAAACACACAAAUGAUGGUAACGAUAAAAGCAAAGUGUGCACUCAAAAAGGAAUCAUAAAUAAUCAAAAUAACUACUACGGGGAAAAAACAUAUUUCAAAAAUCAUAUACUAGACAAUACGUGCGUGAAUGGGAAGAAUAAAAAUGAGACUAGCAGCGUCAACUACUAUGAUGGUAAGCCACAACAAUUAGAGCAGCUAGAAAAAAAUAAACUUAAGUCGGUGGACCAAGUGAAUAAGAACCCCCACCUGUGUGCAAAGACAAACAACACUUAUGAUUUUUACUUCAAUAAAAAUAACAUAUACAGAAAUCAAAGCAACAAUAUAUUUCUUCUACCAUGUAAGGAAAACCUCAUAGGGAAAAAUAAUGUAUAUAGUAAUUUGUACUUCUUCAAAGGAUCGGACGAUUUUAAAGUAACCUCCAGUGGGAGGUCUACUCUGUUACGGCAUUACGAUCAGGGUACGCUGACCACAAGUAGGGAAUACGACACCAGUUGCAGGUUCAAAUGUUCUUCCAAUGCGAGUGAUGGACGAGAGUCCACUAACACCAUCAACUCGAAUUGCACAAACAUCACUCCUAGUCAUAAGAAGACACCAGCUCCCGACAAAGUAAAUGUCUCACCGAGUGAUACAUUGUUUUACCAAAAUCCUAAUUACAACCAUCAUGUACAGUACAAAUAUUAUUACUAUGAUGAUAAGGGGACGUAUGUAGGGUGCUUAAGCAACCAAACUACUGGACGUACUUGCGCCUCUUCCUGUGUGUUGCUUGAAAAUCAAGUCAACUGUGCUGCUAACAAUGCUGAUUACACAAAGGAAUGGACAUGUAGAAGGGGAGUCUCCGAAUAUGUCGAAGCAGGUACAUCCAGCAACAGUAACAAUAGCAGUAGUAAUAAUAACAAUGCGUGCUCAUCUGACCUUAAGAGGGAACACCCUUUUGUUAAACACAUAGAGGGGGAAGGGCGCACAAAGUUGGCUAGCUACGAGUGGGGUACAGUCGCUAAAGGUGCGCUGUUCGCCGCUUCUGAAAAUAGAGCAAAUGUGAUGGCAACAGAGGUGAGGGUGGUUAGCAAAGAGAGGAAUGAUUUGGCAGGUUGCCAUGGGCAUCCACGUGUGGUGCAGCAAGUGGGAAGAGCAGCACAGGUGGGUGGUCAAAUGGGUAAGCACGCCAGUAACACAACAAGGGACACCCUGCUCACCGACGGAAGCAUUACAUCUAAGGUAAGCACACCCACGAACAACGAUGCAGAACUACAAGUACGUCUCAUGGACUCCAAAAAGAAAGACACCUGUAUUGUUCUUAAAAAGGAAGGAAUAUCCCCCACUGGAAAUAAACACUCGUCCCUUAUCAAAUCCCAACACGUAACAAAAAUUGUUACUGUUGGUGAAGGUACCAACGACCAAAUGGACGACGUGAAUGGCCACCCUAAGGAGAGUCACCAAAAGGAAAACAAAUAUACCCUCAACCUGUUCAUACAAAAGGGGACAAUUAACGAGCACACAAAAAUGGAUAUAACGCAACAGAAAAAUACUCCACAAAGGGAUUACACUGACGAGCAGUCCGAUAAAUGGAACAUGCAGUGUGGAGAGAAAGACGAUAGAGAAGAAUUCCUUCCCAGUGGGAGUGCCCCACUACAAAAUUACACUGUGAACACGCAGAACAGCGAAGUGGAUAAUAACGCAGAUGAGCAAGUACAUAAUACCAUCGAGCGCAUUGAACGGAAAACAGAACAGGACAAUCAAAAAGAAACACAUAAAGGGGAUAGGAAUUCUCCCGACAAAAUACUUUCAUUUCUGCCACGCAAGGAGGAAACUAAAAAUGUGAGUAGCCAACAAGGGAGUAAUACACCAAGGGAACAACACACCGAAGGAGAGUGUAAGGGAACCCUCGAACACAGCUAUAGCGAUGCAAGUGAAACGAAGAGGAAAAAAAAGAAAAAAAAAAAAUUUAGCAGCAUCAAUAAUCCAAGUAAAGAAAUUCAACGAGGCCAAUCCAAAAGUGACCCAAGUGGUGAUGACAAAGAGGUAAACCACGUGGACAAAAAAAAAAAUAUAACUAACCCUAGUAUAAAGAACAACCGUAGUGGUAAUGAUGGACAGUGUGGAGAGACACAUUCAUGUGGAGAGAGCUACAACAACAGUGGAACAAGGACCAACCACUACGGCACUGACAUUGCAGUACACGGUGUGCACAAAAGUUCGAGUAAAGAUGAGGGGGGAAAAAAUAAAGUGGACAAGCACAGAAAAAGGGUAAAUGAAAAAGCUACAGAAAAAUCUGACAUGACAAACUUAUCCAAAUGUGACAGUCAUGAGGAAGAGAAAAAAGAUGGGGCAGAAUUCCGACGCUAUACUAGCACAGAGAAAACAACAUAUAGUCAUCUGGAGGAGGAAGAAACCUUAUGCAAAAACGAGGAUAGAAAGAAACCAAGGCAUAAUAAAAUAUUUAAUGAAGAACAGGUAGACGGAGAAAACAAAUUUUUGCUACUAAAAAAAGUGUACUAUUCAGACGAUAGGGACGUCCAUGUACUGCCCAACAGUGAGAACCAACAUGACAGGAAAGAAUACAUCAAUUUUGAGAAAAUAUUUCCCCACAAUAAAAGGAAGACGAAUACAAACCACAUUGCCGCUUUAGGGUACUAUAAAGGAAGUAACUUAUGUUUUAGUAAAAGGGUGAAAAAAGACAGAAAUCAACGGGGCAAGGAAAAGGAAAACGUCGUAAAGAAUCAAGUGGACGUAUACCACAGAACACAUAAUCCCAGAAGUACAAAUCAUAUAAUAAAUAUCAGACACUUCAAUGAAUGGUACUACACGAACGGGUGUAGCCGACAUGAAUUAACAACGAAGGAGAAAGGUCCAUCCAACGAAAGGGUUCCAAUUUAUAAUACAGUGGCACCAUAUGAUGCAGAACAGGUAAGUGACAAGGAAUAUGUUUAUUUUUCCUCGAACAAAAUUGAGUACAUCAAAUGUGCUACUCCAAGUACCAACAACCAGGAUAGCCACCACACAUACAGUUCCCAUUAUCACAACCAUACGAUGAACGAAACGAACGGGGAGUUAUCCAACCCGCUUAGUGAUGCACAUGUGGUAAGCGCAGACACAUCCAGUACUAAGUGCAGUGAAGAAACGGACACGGGGCAACCGCAUCAAUGGAGGGAGAAGCCUAUGCAGUCAGGGCACAAUUUGAACGCGAUCGUUGACAGGCAUGGCGGAAAGGGCUCCACAUACAAUAGGGGCGACAUCACAAGUGGAAGAUGCAUCCCCAAUUUGGAAAGCCACGUAUUUAACCACUCCCCAAUUGACCAGUUGACGAAUGUGCAUGAGAAUCAAGAUAACGAACCCACGCGCACGGAGAGGUGCCCUGUUAGGGAAGAGAACAGUAGGGAAGAAUAUUCCCUCGAAAAGGUAGGAUCCACUAACAGCAGUACCAGCAACGACAGUAAUGGAUGCAGAAGGAAGAGCCAAGGAAUAAGCACACACCUCGAAGAGAUAAGCAGCGUUUUCACAUCCGACGCCACAAACAACUCAUACAUUGGGAACGAUAUAAUUAGAAGGAAAGAUUACACCUCCUUGUAUGACGACGUGAACAAAUCAUACUCGAUCAUCCAAAAUGUAAGCUAUGAAAAUGAGAUCACGAAAGCAAAAAUGAAGAAUGAAAAAAGGGAAAGGAUUAUAACGCGAUGUGAUGCGAAGGAGAAGAUUCAAGGGAAUGAAGAAUGUGAACAAGGUGAGGAGCUUCGCGUAAAGAUGGCCUGCCCAACGGAACACUCUACCCCUAAUCAGAGCAGCGAUAAAUGCGAACCGCCUAAAAGCACAACUAUGAAAAUAUCACAGAAUAAUAAGCGCCCAACGAACAGGAAGAAGGGAUGUUCAGGGGAAGAGGAACAAGACAAAGGUGCAAAGGGUGAGGGGGAAAAAGCCACGCCGUUUACACUUAAGAACGGGCCAGUUUGGAAAAAUUCGCCAAGUAAUGUUCAAAAUUGUUACGAAGUGGAAUUCCAUGAAGAGUUAAAUAGAGACCUGUCUGAAGGAAGCCUGGAGAGAGAUAAAUCUCAAACACUUGGCAGUAGCGCCAAUGGAAAGGACACCCACUUGUUAGAAAAGGAUGAGGGGAAGAAUCCACACAUGGACACACAACACAUCUACAUGAUGAAUUCGAAUUUAAAAAAGCAAAAACCACAAGGUGCAAAAGGACAACAUGAAAAGAAGCAAACAGGAAUUGUGCUUAAUGGACCCAUCGACAAGAAAGACACUCCACAUGAAUUCACAUCGAGUAAAACAAAUGAAGAGCUAACUAAAAAUAAAAAAGAAACAACCCUUAAGGAAACCAAUAGUGACAGAAGUAAACACGUACCAAGUUGGAACAUCUUGAAUGUACAGAAAAAUGACACCAUCCAUUCGAAGGAGAAACGUGCAGAUUAUCUAACACAUAAUAGAAGCUACGAUUUGAAAAGCGCUAGGAGUAAUUUAUUGAGUAUGUCCUAUGAUGAAAAUAUAAGAAAGGAUUACAAACAUGGUAACUUAUUAGUGAACCCUAAAGAUAUAGUAUCCCUGCAUGAUUUAAAAUCGAGUGAAAAUGAUGAAAAGAACAAAAUUCUGUACUACUACAAUUUGGAUACCACUCCAGCAAACUUGGACAUUCUGAAUAAUCUCAUGUUUUACUCAUCGCAUGUUAAUCCAUAUAGGCAUUACAAAAAUAACUACCUUAUAAGGAAAACCUCCCUCACUGAGGAGGGUGUUAAUGUAGCAAACUCCAAGCAGAGUAGUGAUAAUAACAGAACUGAACAAAGGAGUGAUCAGCAAAAUGAAUCUCCAGCAGUGGACCACAAUUUGAGGAACUACCUAAAUUUAAACAAGACAUCCAUUCAGAACAUGGCAAAAAUGAAAAGAAAUUAUACCCGUGAACAAAAUUAUGAAAACAAAUUUGGUACAAAAGUAGAAGACCAAAGGGAAGCAAAUUCCUUGUAUCCCAAGCUAAGGUGGAUGAACAUUUUUAGCAGAAAUUCAAGCAAGCACUAG